UCCCUAAUCUGCAAAGCCUGACCGAAGUCUUUUUGCCAUGGAUUUCUCCAAGAAGCGCAAAGCCGAGGAGAACGGAAUCGACGAUUCUGUGCCCUCAACAACCCCGCUUGGUGCAGAUGACAUCCGCAAGAUCCUCCAACCCUUCAAUCAAGAACAGCUUAUCGACCUGCUUCUUUCAGCUGCUCUUCAUCACCCUGACGUUCUUGAGUCUAUACGUUCCGUCGCCGACCGUGAUUCCACCCUUCGGAAACUCUUUGUUCGGGGGCUUGCAGGGGAAACCACCACGGAGACACUUAGCAGUGUUUUCUCCUCCUUUGGGGUGCUCGAUGAGGCGAUUGUUAUCUUCGACAAAACGACCGGGAAGUCCAAAGGAUACGGCUUUGUGACGUUUAAACACGUUGAUGGUGCUAUAUUGGCUUUGAAAGAGCCCAGUAAGAAAAUUGACGGGAGAAUGACGGUGACCCAGCUUGCAGCUUCUGGAUUGUCGGCCAGUCAAGGGACUAAUGCGGCUGCCGCAGCUGCAAGUGAUGUUUCUGCCCGAAAAAUUUUUGUGGGCAAUGUACCGUUUGAUAUUUCGUCGGAGAGGCUGUUGAGUUACUUUUUGGCUUAUGGGGAAAUCGAAGAAGGGCCUCUUGGGUUUGACAAAGCUAACGGAAAGUCCAAAGGUUUUGCGUUCUUUGUGUACAAAACGGAGGAGGGUGCUAGGGCGUCUCUAGUUGAGCCAGUCAAGACUAUUGAUGGGCACCAAGUGCUUUGUAAAUUGGCCAUGGAUAACAAGAAGGGGAAAUCAGGAGGAGCUCCUAACCAGGGCCCUGCUGGGUUACCAGGUAAUGGCAUGGCAGCACAACAGCCGCAACCAUCUUUACCUGGCCCUAUGAUGGGAUCAAACUAUGGGGGUCAUGGCCCUUCAUAUGGGGGAUUUGGUGGUGCGCAUCAGGGCCCUAUGGCUAUGCCUAGUAAUAAUUAUGGAUUGCAGUCUUCAUUGCCGCCGUAUGGGACGCAGGUUCCAUCUACCUUAACUCCUAAUAGCGGUGGGGGGUACGGUCCCGGUAUUGGAGGGGCUUAUAGUGGCUCUCAGUUCAGUGGGCCUACUUCUGGUGAUUAUGGCGCUAGGCUGCCUUCAUCCUCUGCUGGAAUGCCGACCGGAGGAUAUCCAGAUGGUUCGCAUUAUAAUUUGCCCUCAUCUGCUGUUCCCUCUCAGCAUCAACAGCCCAUGCAAAUGCCAAGGAUGGCCCCAGGAGGAAUGUACCAAGGCAUGCCGCCAUACUACUGAGGUUUGUGAUGGCUUCUUGGGCGCUUAUGCUUUAAAUGGUUAUGCUGAUUUCGUGAAUCCAGACAAUGAAUACUUUGGUUUUGAUUACAUGGACUGCUGUGAAUUUGUUGCUGCUUCACUACCUCUGCUUCUAUGUGUUGUUCCUAUUUGUGAUAGGUUUUAGUGAAAGCUUACAUGAGUUUGCUUAGUAUUUGAAUGUAGUAUUCAUAUGAAGAUUUGUAGAACGUUUUAUUGGAUGAUUUUCGUCUAAAUAGGGUUUUAAAUUAUUCAAUAGAUACAAAGGUGCUUAUGCCUCCUGCAUGAAAAAAAAAGGUGUUCACCUUGAACUUUGAUGCAUCUUUAGCCGUUGAUCAUUUUACUCUGUAUCUCUGGUCAUUAUGUGGCUACUGAGCAUUUGUUUCACUAUCUGGGGUUUGUAUUCUUGAGCAUUUCUUGAAAUAUCCUUGUAAUCGAUCUUUAAAUUCUCGAGUCUUGAGGGCGUAAAUCAGUUGAGGCAAGCCUUUUGAGACUAUGCAUAUUAUCUUAGGUCUGUUAUUGAUUUGGCACUCAGACUUAGACUUGUUUAAAAAUUGCCUACCUUGAGUAUUAUUCUUA